AUGAUGAGCUCGAGCCUUCUUGAAAACCCGGUGCAGGCGAUUCUGUACCUGCGGGAGCUCACCACCAUCGUCCAGAACCAGCAGAGUCUCAUCCAGACUCAGCGCGCACGGAUAGAGGAGCUGGACCGGCGGGUGGACGAGCUCAUCGGCGAGAACAGGCACCUGCGGGACGUCAGGGUACAACAACAGCAUCCCUACCAUCACCACCACCACCAUCAUCACCCCGACCCCAGCUGCCUUCAUCACCACCACCACCCUCAGGACCCUCAGUUCAAGACCAGUGGAGGGUCUCUGCCAGAACAUGCAGUUGCACCAGCACAGGUCGAGGCAGCUCCGGCUGUCCAGCCCUCGCCUCCCCAACCUAUGGACCCAGGGGACAUGCAGCUGGUCCCGGCGGACCCGUCCACUAUUUCCCCGGUUGAAAGUGAGUCAGAAAACGGUGGAAGUUGCGCCAGCUGCCGCUCUUUGGUUCCGAUGACCCCGACAACCCUCUGUCGGUCCCUGGCCCUGGCUAGGAAAUCCGAGAGUGAGACUGUGCUGCAUCAGUUUUGCUGCCCCGCCCCUGAACAUCCAGAAACUGACACCACAGGCUCAUCGGGUGGACAGAUGCUGAGUCUGGAGGAUGGAACUUCUUCUGGUGGCGGACAAGAAGCAGAGGGGACCAAGAGAGAGGGACCCAGCGAGUACGAGAUCUCCCUGGAGAAUAAAAACAAACAGAUAGAAGACUUGGAGCAGAAGUAUGGAGGCCAUCUCAUAGCGAGACGGGCCGCCCGCCGCAUCCAGACAGCCUUCCGUCAGUACCAGCUCAGCAAAAACUUUCAGAAGAUCCGCAACUCGCUGUCGGAGAGCAAGCUGCCUCGUCGGAUCUCUCUGCGCCAACCCAGCCCUUCAGGCCGAAAUCGGAAUGCAGCCCAGAGACACAGUUACAGUCUGCAUCCGGGAGGAGGACAAAUACCCUUACGUUCUAAAACUCCUCCUCCACCUCCAUGUCGCUCCACCUCUCUACCCCCGUCUCCUGCCUCGGCUCCAGCAGCCGCCCCUUCUCCUGCGCCAGGCCCGGCCCCACCUCAAACCCCUGGACCCACACUGACACAGCUGGAGGACUGCUUCUCCGAACAACUUCACUCCUUGGCACAGUCGAUUGACGACGCCCUUCGUGGUUGGAGCUUGUCCGAGAGCGCAGAGGGGAAGGGGCUAUUGAUGGACCCCGGGGCCCUUCGCGCAGCUGCAGAGAGCGCCUGUCUGCCCCGCAGUGCCAGCUCGCUGCUCAUGGCCUUCAGGGAUGUUACUGUUCACAUCGACAGCAAUAGCUCCUACACCAUCUCCUCUGCCACCACGACAACCACCACCUCUCUGGGCAAUGCAGGCGGAGGAGAUGCAGGCAGCAGGAAGACCUCGGUGAGCGGGAUGGCUGGGGGAGGCGAGUCAAUGGAGGAGCCGGAGUUUCCUGCACCUCCGCCCAGUGAAGAGCUGGAAAUGGUUGACCCAGGAUCCAGGAGGGGUUCGGCGGUGCCGGGUGCAGGAGGAAUGGAGGGGGAGAGCAGCUCAGACAGACUGGGGUCCACCUCUACUUCUACCUCUACCUCCACCUCAAUCUCCACCUCGGCCCAGUCUAAUCAGCAGCCCGCGCAGAUUUACACCCAGUACCAGCAGUACCACUACACUCAUCCUCAGCAGAUCCCCGGGGGUCCGAGCCCCGAGGCCCUGCAGGCCCUGGUUGUCUCUCUGCCCAGGGAUCGCUGCCAGGAUCCGGUCUCUUGCCGCUCGCCAACCCUGUCCACUGACACACACCGCAAACGCCUCUACCGCAUAGGACUCAACCUCUUCAAUGUGAAUCCAGAGCGAGGCAUCCACUUCUUGAUCACGCGUGGUUUCGUCCCGGACACGGCCAUCGGAGUGGCUCACUUCUUGCUGCAGAGGAAGGGCCUGAGCCGACAGAUGAUCGGAGAGUUCUUGGGGAACAGCAAGCUGCAGUUCAACAGAGAUGUUCUCGACUGUGUCGUGGAUGAGAUGGAUUUCUCUGGCAUGGAGCUUGACGAAGCCCUGAGAAAGUUUCAGGCUCAUGUCCGUGUUCAGGGAGAAGCACAGAAAGUGGAGAGACUCAUCGAAGCCUUUAG